CCGGCCACCACCUUUUUGAACCAUUGCCCUCUGGCAGAUGUUUAAGAUCCAUCAAAACAUGCACCAACAGAUACAGAGACAGUUUUUUUUCCAGCGGCGAUCUGCACACUAAACACCAAAAAGCACUAAAAAUACAUUCAACACCACCACCCAUUUUGCACACUAUUGGUACAAUCCUUAAUAUUUACUUAAUUUAUUUAGAUGUAUAUUUAUUUUUAAUAGAACUCCAGAUUCUUGCUAAAACCCUAGAUUCACACACACACACACACACACACACACACACACACAUUGGUGACUAUUAUUGUAACAUUCUGGUAUGUUUUUAUGUUAUGUUUUAUUGUAUUGCACUGACUGAGAUGCACUCAGCUUACAAUAAAAGAAAUUCUAUCCUAUUCUAUUUACAUCCUGCAGUCACAUAAAAGGUUUUUAACAAGUUGCCACUACAAUCAGGUCAACAUUUUGUGUUUAUGACCACUAGACUCAGAUUUAGCUUGUCCUUUGUGCUAAUUAGAAAAAUGACAGUCUGUUUACACAAAGUAGGAGGACGAACAUGGCAAACAUAUGUACAUAUGUAAACAUAUGUGUAUGACAGCAUGUUAGUUUGGACACAGUGGACAAGUUUAGCAUGCUAAAGUUAGCAUUUAGCUCAAAGCACCAGUGUGCACAGUGAGCACCAUCAGAGCUGCCUGAAUGGAUAUAGAUGCUUAGUAUAAUUGAUCUUUAAUCUUUUUCCUUAACUGUUAGCCUUGUUCUGUUUUACAACAGCUCAAAGCAAACACAGCAGCGUAAUCAUCUACCCUGUUGGACGAACAGCAUAGACCUGCACCAAAACAUAUGCUGGUCUUGCAAUACAAUGUCCAUAUGUUGUGUUUCGGUGCUGGCCUAUGCUGAAAUUUCCAGCACGGUACACAGUAAAAAUUUUUUUGUUUCUUUUUUUCCUGUUGCAAAAAAAGAAGUGUUGCAAUGUGCUGUCAUCAUUUAUCAUUUGGAUUUGCAGUAACUUACUUCUGCUUCUUGUUUUUUUAGGUUUUACACCACCUCUCUAUUCUUUAAUGAGGAGGUGUAAAAAAAAAAACCUGGGGAACUUAUCAUUCUGUCAGUGCAUUUGUUCAUGCAGUUGAGUCUUACCCUGCUCUCUCUCUGACAUGGCUGUUAGCCUCAGCUUCCUCCUCAUCUUCAUCAUACUCAAAGGAAUUCACAGCAUAACUACAGUCAGUAAAGUGUCAGUGAGGGCUGGAGGCUCAAUCUCUAUCCCAUGUCUAUAUCAGUCCAAAUACAUAAACUAUACAAAAUACUUAUGUAAAGGAUAUUAUUGGACCUCCUGCUCAUAUGCAGUUAAAACAAACACACCAAGUUCAAGUAAGUUUUCAAUCUCUGAUGACAAACUCCAAAGAAUCUUCACUGUGACCAUAAAAGACCUGAAGGAAGAGGACUGUGUUUACUGGUGUGCUGUGGAGAUUAUCAAUGGGCUAGAUAUAGGAAAGUCCUUCAACCUGUCAGUCACCGGAGGUACACCCAGUCUCUCUGUGGAUCAUCAGGAGAUCACAGGAUUAAUUGGAGGUAAAAUAACAAUCAACUGUCACCAUCUUUAUCCUGGAGUAAUAAAGUGGUGCAGGCUGGGCGGCACCUGUGUGACAGAGCCAUCUGGAUUAAUAGAUGGAACAGCAGUGACCAUCGAUAGGAAAGUCCACAAUGUUUAUACUGUGACUAUGAGUGGACUGAGGACAGAGAGCAGCGGCUGGUAUUUUUGUGUCCAGGGAGACUUACAGAUGCCAGUGCACUUAACUGUUUAUGAGAAAACUACAAGUGACCAAGCACUGACCUUGUCACCAACUCCUGCAAGUAAAGUUCCUACAGCUCAACAUGAACAGCCAAGUUCAUCCAGUUUCUUAACAAGUUUUACCAUCCGUCUGAGCCUGUUGGUCUUGUUUGUAAUGGUGACCUCGUUCAUCUUGUUUAUGGUCAAAAAACAUAACCAGACAAAAGAAUCUUCAGCCACAACAACGGAACAAGAGGAAGUAAGAUACACAUCAGACGGUGCUGUGACCCUCAACCUUUAAAGCAUAGUCCCAUGAGAAGAGUGAAGUGGAAGUAAUAUGAAGUUCUGUGGUGGAGGGUAUCUAUUAAAGUCUGUGUAAAGCAAAUUCAGCCAUUUUCUUCUAAACACAUUAAAAAGGUCACAAAUGUAUUUCUUUAAAACAUGUAAAAAGCAUUCAACCAUUUAGAAUUUAAUUUUGGAACUAGGCUCACCAACUGUGUUUCAUGAUUUCUGUGUUCAGGAUUUAAUGGGUGGCAACCAAAACCCAGUCUGUUGUUGGUCUCACCAAAUGAAAAGUUUGACAUAUUAAUUAAGUCACUUAAUUUGCUUUAAGUUGUUUUUUUAGUUUUUGUUUCAAACUUGCCUCACUUUUUCUUUGCAUAGCUUUUUCUCAUAGCUCUUACUUCCUCAUUUCCAUCUUUCAUUUGUUCUGUAACGGGUUGAAAUAUUUUAUCCCAGCAACAACUGUCUUCCUCUUUUUCAGUUCUUAACAUGCUGACUUUGGCAUAUUUUUAAGCUUGUCUGCAUGAUGUAUGUUGGGUGACUAUUAUAAUGCUAAUUUUAUUUUAAGGAUGCAAACUCAAAAUGUAAAGAGAUAAAACAGGAAAAGUAAUUAGCCUGAAAAGAUGUCCAGAAGGACAUUUGUACAAUGUAUUGAAUUGCAUAGUCAUACUUUUACUAAUACUUUUAUUGUAUGUGCCCUUUUCAUUCCUUUUAAAGUUUGUGCACAUUCAUAUUAAAUGUUCUGAUAACAAGUUGUGAUGUUAAAAGUAAGUGAACAAAGAUAACAGAGCAACACACAGUGUAUUAUGGAGUAUAAUACCCUUUAUAACUAGCUAGCCCUGUGAAGCAUCAAAUAUCUAGAACUUAAAGAGGAACAUGUAACUUAUCAGUGUAUUGUGCCGUUACAGAAGGGAGGUGGUGAUGUUGAUUAAACUAUAUUUUAUCACUUUUGUUGAGAGAUUUCAAUUUGCAAAAGCUGGACUGCUAAGUCAGUAUACUUCAGAAAACCUUAUAUCCAAAUAUCUAUACUUUUCUAAACAUUUUGUGGCGUUCAAAAUUGACUUUGAAGUUAAAUCAGCUGAAAAAAGUGCCGGAGCUACUGAAUUACCUAAUUCAUGUAGUGAUUUAAAGUUAAAGUUUAUUUAAUCUGGAUUUUUCUCAUAGGGGUUUUUUGUUAUGUCUGUUUACUUUUAUUUUGUUAAAGUUUUCUGCAUGGAAUUACUUUGAGGACUGUCGAGGAAUGAUAACUCCUGUUUGUACUUGAAAAUGUUGAAUACAUUUUUUUUUACUUACUUUGCAUCUAUUGCAUUACAUUACAACAUGUAGUAUAUUGUUGGGGAAGCUCCUUUAAAUCUGUGACAGCAACAACAGCACAUCUGAAAGCAGCGAUCUACAAGCUACUUUGAAAACGUAAACAUUAACUUUAAGAAACAGCUUCUGUUUAUUAUGAUGAAUAAGUUAACUCAAUUUUUGUGAAGAACAAUUAAGCACAAUAUGUUGUUCUUCAAAAGAGACCAGUUUUUUUUAGCUUAGUGCUGUGGUGGUGCCAGAAAUCGUGUCCAAUCGACUUAUUUAAAGGGGUUAAUAAACGGAUGCA